AUGGAUCAUCAUUUCAUUUUUCACAAGUAUCUUCAACCAGGGGAUCUACUCUUGGGUGGCCUUGUUUCUCAUACCUUCUUUGUCUCCAGUCCAAAACUUUUUGAUGAACCACCACCUCCAACAUACUCUGAAAGCUACCUGGUUAUAACUCAGAACUACCAGCAUAUUCUUGCCUUGGUCUUUGCCAUAAAGGAAAUCAAUGAAGAUCCCCAUAUCCUACCCAAUAUCACCCUCGGAUUCCAUAUCUAUGAUAGCCAUAGCAAUACCAGGUGGGCCUUUCGUUCUGCAAUGCAACUUAUUUCUCCAAAGAAGCAUUUUCUCCCCAAUUAUCACUGUGAUAGUAAAGACAAUCUUCUUGCAGUGCUUGAGGGGCUUGAUAUUGAAUCUUCUCAUCAUAUACCACACAUUUUUAGCAUCUACAAGAUUCCUCAGGUCUCCUAUGGCUCUGCUCCAGAGAGGAUGGAUCAAACCCAAUCCCCAUAUUUCUACCAAAUGGUUCCAAAUGAAGCCCAUCAGUAUAGGGCAAUUCUUGAAUUACUUCUCAUUUUCAGGUGGACUUGGAUUGGAUUUUACACUGCAACUGGAAUUAAUCCAGAAUGGAUUUUUCAAGUUAUGGUUCCAGAAUUUGCCACUCAUGGCAUUUGCUUUGCUUUUAUAGAGACAAUCUUCAAUGUAGGCAUGGAUAUUGAAUUUGGGGGUAUAAAGAAAUGGGCAUUUACAAUAUGGGAUAGAAUCAUGACCAGCACAGCCAAUGUAUUUCUCCUGUUUGGUGAUCUUCGCACUUUUCUGGUUUUUGACUGGUUGCUUUCUAUAGAACAAGACAGUGAGAUAACAAACAAUAUAAAGGGUAAAGUGUGGAUUUUGAUUGCCCAGUUGGAGCUUAAAAACUAUGGUAAUGAAGAAAAACUGAAAGUUGCUAAGCAGGUCUACCAUGGUGCUUUAUCCUUGGCUGUCCAUUCCAGUGAGCUGCCAGGAUUUCAGGAAUUUAUUCAGGAUAGAAAGCCUUCCAAUGCAAAAGAAGAUUAUUUCAUAAGGGACUUUUGGUCUUAUGGUUUUGGCUGCACCUUCCCCAACUGGGUUUUGAACCAUACAAACAGUGGUUUCUGCUCUGGACUAGAGAGACUGGAGAAUGUUCCUGAAAAAUAUUUUGAAAAAAAUAUUUCUGGAAAUAGCUACAGCAUCUAUAAUGCUGUUUUUGCUGUGGCUCAUGCUUUGCAUGUCAUGUAUUCAUCCCAAUUCAAACACAAAAGAAUGGUGGAGAAGGAGAGAUGUACAUGGGAGCUCUUCCACUUUCUGAAACAAGUGUCUUUUAAUAAUACCAUAGGAGACAAAGUUUCCUUUGACCAGCAUGGUAUGUUUCUAACAGCAUUUGAUGUCGUGAACUGGGUUUUGUUUCCAAACCACUCUUUUACUAGAGUAAAAGUUGGAAUGAUCAAGUCUCAACAUCGAGGACAUCAAAAAGUCAUUAUGAAUGAAAAACCUAUUGUAUGGCACUAUUGGUUUAACCAGGUGCAACCUCUCUCUGUUUGUAAUGACAAGUGCCAACCUGGUUACAGGAAACAAAAGAAAGAAGGGGAGCUCUUCUGCUGCUAUGAUUGCAUUCCCUGCCCAGAAGGCAAAAUUUCUGAGUGGGAAGAUAUGCCUGAUUGUGUUGAGUGCAAAGAUGAACUUUAUCCAAACAAAUAUCAGAAUAUCUGCAUCCCCAAAAUUGUAACCUUUUUAUCCUAUAAAGAACCUAUGGGGAUGGGUUUAGCAAUUGCAGCUCUUUUCCUUGCUCUGAUCACUGCUAUUUUGCUAAAAACAUUUGUACUAUAUCACAAUACUCCCAUUGUCAAAGCCAAUAACCGAGACCUCACUUUCACUCUUCUCAUCUCUCUUCUGCUUUGCUUCCUUUCUACAUUGCUUUUUAUUGGGCAACCUCAGAAAGUGAUAUGUGUCUUGCAGCAAUCAGUUUUUGGCAUUGUCUUUUCAGUAGCUGUUUCUUCAGUAUUGGCUAAAACCAUCACUGUGGUUCUGGCAUUCAUGGCCACCCAACCAGGGACAAAGAGGACUAGAUGGAUGGGGAAAGGGCUGGCCAGUUCCAUUGUUAUUUCUUGUUCUCUUCUUCAAGUAGGCAUUUGUACCGUGUGGCUUUCAACUAGUCCCCCAUUCCCAGAUGCUAAUAUGCAUUCAGGAAUGGGUGAAAUUACUCUGCAAUGUAAUGAGGCAUCUCCUAUCAUGUUUUACAUUGUGAUUGGGUACAUGGGCUUUUUAGCCAUUGCCAGCUUCAUAGUAGCUUUUUUUGCCAGGAAUUUACCUGAUACUUUCAAUGAAGCCAAAUUCAUCACUUUCAGCAUGUUAGUGUUCUGCAGUGUGUGGCUAUCAUUUGUUCCAACCUACCUGAGCACCAAAGGAAAAUACAUGGUUGCUGUGGAGAUUUUCUCUAUUUUAGCUUCCAGUGCUGGAUUGCUGAGUUUCAUAUUUUUCCCCAAAUGGUACAUUAUUGUUGUCAGGCCUGAACUGAACAACCGAGAGCAACUUAAAUGGAGAAACCACUGA